AUGGUCAGAGAAUGGCCGAGGGAGUCCUUCUCCCGCCACCCUCCUCACCCUUACCUGCCGGAGAGACAUGCAUCGCCGACAGCCCCCAAUGGUAGUCAAUCCCAGAUUCUAUAUGUUGAAGUACUCGCUGACGUGAAACUCAAGCAAAUUGCCGAAGCUCUCCGGAAAGAUUGUGGGAUAUCGACCCGACAUUACUUUGUGGCUGUGAUAUUGGAUGAUGGAACCCCUCAAACAUUCUCCGGACCUGGCACCUCAGGACUUCGCAGUGGUUACGAAAAACAAUUCUUUGAUAUGGACAAGUUCACAAGAGCUAUGGACCGUUUAGAAUCUGGAGUAAGCCCUGUCGUCAAUGAUGAUUUCGCGUUUGACGGAUACAAGCAAUCUAUGGAGUUCCCCCGAAACCGCAUGAUGGACCGUCGACGGUUGUCACAAUUCGAUGAUUGGGAAGCACCAGUACGACAAGGCAGGAAGAGAGCUCGAGCCCGACACGCUAUCAUUGAUGAGGACGAAGCCCCCAUGACUGUAUCAGCAACGACCAGGAAGAGUAUUAAAAUCGGAAAUCCUGAUGACGUUUGGAGCUUUUAUGAACAGCGAUUCAAGAAUUGCCAACAGACGGCGUGCAAGCUUAUUGCGAAGGCAUGGGUCAAAGCCGUGGAGCCGAAGAAGCAGUCCACGCAUCCAUACACAGGAAGCGACGAAAAGGCGCCAGAUUGGUGGCCCAAACCUUGGGGACCAACAAAGGAGGAUAGGGUUCGCCAUAAAGAGCCAGAUCAUCUAUACAAGCGAGAACGAGUCCAUCUACUCAAUCACAUCCUCAGAAUGAUUGUGGAGCCAAACAACAGGCAACAUCCUGACAUUCAAAAGUUGAAUUUGAACGUGAAGAAGCUGGAAGAGAUCACCAUCGAAGCUCUUUCCGGCUUUUUCGCCGACAAAGAAAGCCCUGCCAACGCAAAGAAGCGACCUUUCUUGAACGAGAUAUUCAGAGUGGCCAAGCAGGAAGAGAGGUUCAAGAAGGAGGAGAUCGAUGGGACAACCGAGGUCUACGUGAUGGCGGACGACAAGAUUCCCGAUUCGUACGCAUCGGGCAACGACGACGACGGGCCUAUACCCAAGGAAGAAGACGACCAGGAUGUGCCACCAAACAAGAUAGCUGCAGUCCAUGGUCUGAUACCCUCGGCGUCGAGCCAUAGCACCGGCACAUCACUGCACGGAACACCCUUUCUUGGUGGUGAGUUGCCUGUACGAGGCAACCAGUACACCCCGUCCAUGAUGCAAGAUAUGGCACAGGAUCAGCACGCCUUCGUCGAAAAUAACAGUCUUCCCGUAAACGGUCAACCUGCGGUUCAUCCUGCUGGCGGUAACCUCGCUAUGGAUAUGGGCGUGCCUCCUUCGCAUGAUUCCGGUCGUCGGUCAUCCAUCUUCAGCACCCAAACAGAGUACGGAGGACAGAAUGGCACAGCAAUGUACACUCAACAGUGGCAAACCGGUUCCACCGCACCCAACUCGUCGUCUAUGUAUACCUUUACGCAACAGCCACCGAACCCACCCGCGACAGCAUUCGUCAGUCCUGGUGUUCCGUUAACUCAAGCGCAGCCGUACAUGAACGCAUCAUUUGACGGACUAACGCGCGGAUACGACCCUAGUCAGUCUACCAUGUUCCGCAACGGAAGUGUUCCACAACAACCUCAGGUACACCCGGCCCAAGGCUACGACUACAUGUCCCACGAUAACAGAGGACUUCCCGGUAUAAAGGUUGAUGAUGUCCCUCGGCACGCAAUGCAUUAG